UGACUACACCCACCAAACCCAUUCAUUCUUUCGUCCUCCUCCUUUUUUCCCCUCUUCCUCUCUGUAUUUUUGUUACUUAUUAUUGCUUUGCUUUCUCUUCUUUUCUCUGUCUAAUAAUGGCUGCUGUUUCUCUCCUUUUCUCUCCCUUUCUUUCUUUCUUUCUCUUCGUUUCCCCGGCUCUCGCCACCAACUCUGAAGGAAAUGCUUUGCAUGCUUUGAGAAGCAGGUUUAAUGACCCUACAAAUGUGUUGCAGAGUUGGGACCCAUCUCUUGUCAAUCCCUGCACCUGGUUUCAUGUCACCUGCGAUGCCAACAAUCACGUGAUUCGCUUGGACUUGGGAAACUCUAACAUUUCUGGGUCUUUGGGGCCUGAACUUGGCCAGCUUCAGCAUCUGCAGUACUUGGAGCUUUACAGGAAUGACAUUGGAGGAGAAAUUCCAAAGGAGUUGGGGAAUCUGAAAAACCUUAUUAGCAUGGAUUUGUAUCAAAACAGAUUUGAAGGAAAAAUCCCCAAGUCUUUUGGCAAAUUGAAGUCACUUAGAUUUCUGCGGUUAAACAACAACAAGCUCACAGGAUCUAUUCCGAGGGAACUCACCACUCUAUCAGACCUAAAAGUCUUUGAUGUUUCCAACAAUAAUCUGUGUGGAACAAUCCCAGUUGAUGGCCCCUUCGCAAGCUUUUCGAUGGAAAGUUUUGAGAGCAAUAGGCUCAAUGGACCUGAGCUGCAAGGACUGGUGCCUUAUGACUUUGGAUGCUGAAGAAACAUGGGACUUGUGUUGAAGACUGUAAUAGCUAAGUCUUAUAUAUGGUGAAGUAGCAGAAUAAAAUGCCUAAAUGUAUUAUGUAUUUGACAGUGCCACACUUUUCAUUUCAUUAGUAACAAUAGCAAGUAAAAUGAGAUUAAAGAAAUUUGAAGCGUUAA